AUGACGUCAUACGCUAGUGUUGUUGAUCGAAUUUAUAAACGACAUGCGUCGGAAAAAUAUUCGAAUAUCUCCUAUUUACAUCAUCCCAGUGGAGUUACUGUAGUCGUGUUGAGAGAGGUUAGUGCCUUACAUUUUUAAAAAGAAUUUAGGCUCCACUCAUAAAACUAUGCCAGACUUGCAAUUUCUUUUCAGAUUCCUGAAUCCGAAGUGAUUUCAGUGGAAUACGGUGCAACAAAAAAGCACGGAGUCGAUAGAUCAAAUGUUGCAGUUGUGGGAAAAGGAAAAAAGGUAGGUACAGUAACCCCGAUGUCCCUUUAAGAAAAUUUCCUUUUUGAGGGUGGAGUUGUUCUUCAAACCGACACCAAACUCUGCACAAUAAAAUGCGCAGAUGGUUCCGAAAUUACAGUAAGAUCAGGAGUCAAAGGAACAUUGGUCGAAAUGAACGAUCGUUUGAAGACCCAACCGGAUUUGAUUCGAACGGCACCCGAAAAUCAGGGAUAUAUUGCAGUUGUGACGUAUGGAGCUGGAAUUCGGGAAACAGAUGGAUUUGGAGAGGUUUUGCCGCAAAAAAGGCUGAAAUUACAGAAAUUGUGA